UCUUGCAUGCAGCGAGCCUCGAGCUCAAUAGAGACGCAGUUUACGCUUCACCGUUACAAUAACAAGUGAAAUUAGGGAGAAAUGAGCAGCCAGAGCUCCCGCAAUGAAACGGCGACCGCCGCCGUUAACGGCUCCGAUUCUACAGCUGCUGUUUCCCGAGAACGAAAAACCGGAGGCGGUGUUCUGAAAAGACUGAAAUCGCGACGAAAUCAAGUGGACCGGCGGCCUGUAACGGAGGAAGAGCUGCGGGCGUUGGGAAGAGAGAUCACUCCGGAUGAAGUUUUGGGACUCCGGGCGGUCACUCGCGACUAUUUGUGUAAACCAGAGGACAACAUCUACAACAUUGACUUCACACGUUUCAAGAUCAGAGACCUGGAGUCUAGCACAGUGCUUUUUGAGAUUGCCAAACCACCACACUGUGAUAUUGAUGAGGACGAUGAGGAAAAUGUUGACAUAAGUGCUGGCCGUUUUGUUCGUUACCAAUUCACGCCGGCAUUCCUUAAGUUACGCACAGUAGGAGCCACUGUGGAGUUUACAGUUGGCGAUCGGCCUGUAAACAACUUCAGAAUGAUUGAGAGACACUAUUUUGAAGACCGCCUCUUGAAGAGCUUUGACUUUGACUUUGGCUUCUGUAUCCCGAACAGUCGGAAUACGUGUGAGCAUAUCUACGAGUUCCCUCAGCUCCCAGAUGACCUCAUUCGAUUGAUGAUUGAGCACCCAUACGAGACCAGAUCAGACAGCUUUUACUUUGUGGACAACAAACUCAUCAUGCACAACAAGGCAGACUACGCUUAUAAUGGAGGCCAGUAGUGCUGCGCCAGCAAGAAAACUGUGAAUUGUUUGUUGGAGUGACCGUGGGGUUUUGCUUGGAUAGUGUUUGUGUGGAAUGCGAAUGCAGGACCACCCCUCGCUACCAACAACACACGGUGUUGUCACCAGCAUUACGAUAUGGCACCAUCAACCCACCCAACUGGAAAUGACCAUCCCUCCAUGAAGUUCCUGCAUUACACAAACUGCAUAAACUACUUGUGGGUUUGGCAAAAAGUGAAGCUGUUCUCUUGUUGUGAAAUUGCCUUGUCAUCCAGUUUUAGGUUGACAACAAUGUAGGAGAUUUUAACUACACUUGUAGAGUUUUGUUUUUUACUUUCUACACCUACCUACCCACCUUUUGUCAUGAUUUUGUGAGAUUUAAUAAUCUCUAAAGAGAUGUAACCCACCUGAAUCUUGAAUAUUUGAGUGAGGUCUUUAUAAAAUGCACAAAAAAAACUACUGUUUCACUCCAAAAUGUGCUAAAAUUAAGCAAUCCUGCCAUUUAUAUCUUUGAAUAAAUACUGCCUCACUUUUUGUGAUGGUUAUUAGAGGAAUGUUCUGGGUUCAAUACAAUUUGUAGCACCUUGAAAAAUAAUUUUGACAUACAUUAUUUGUUAAAAAAAACAAAAAAGGACAAUGUGGUUACAGUAAGUCGCUUACAGUGGACGUGAAUGGGGCCAAUCUAUAAACGUGUAAAUACACACAAAAGUAUAGCCACAAGACGUAAACAUUAUUAAUGUUAACAUGCAUUUAGUUAAAUAAAUCGCUUGCCAAGUCUACCUGCAUCACGUCGUCAUGGCAACAAAGUUAAUAUUGGAAAUGUUAAUACAGAUAAGGUUAGUAAAAGAUUUUAUCACACUAAAUGUUUAUGUCUUGUGGUUAUACUUUUGAUACAGUGUGAAUUUUAACAUUUAUGGGCUCACAUACAGUACCACUGGGUUAAUAGAACAUGUGUCUUUGUCAUGUAUGAGGGCUUUUCAUGUCACACUCAGCUGUCUGACUACUGUGCACACAGAAAACACUUUCCACUCACAGAGCAGGAUGUGUCCUUGUGCACCUUUCAAGCUAUUUAGCUUCUCUCAGAGCUUUGAUGUUUACCUUUGAGCUAAUUCAACCCAAUGUUAAAUGGGGGCUGUGAUUUGCAAAGUGAUAGGUGAACAUGUCAGGAACAUCUUGAGACACAAAAAUAUAUAAAGCAACUGAGAACCCUAAUUUUAUGAACCCCUGGCCUUAUCUUAAAUAAAUAUAAAGUUCGAUUAGAUCACGAUCAGAUCAUCCACAUUUUGUUUUCUAUUUUAAAUGGGUUUACUCCAUUUACAAACAUGUCGGUUCGUAACUCUCAAUCCAUUUACAGACUGUCAGUUCUCAACUGGAAGGUGACUUGCUUACAUUCUUAAGUGUCCUUAAGAAAAAGUGGGUGUAAUAACAGUUUAUUAAGUAUUUGUGGUUGCAUAUCUGUCUUAAUGCCUUACUCAAUUGUUAAAGCAAUGGGUUCUUAGAUAGGUCCAUGAACCAUCUAUGUUUAAUGCCUUUUUUGACUUGCUUGAACCUCAAAGGAGUAAAUUGCUAAACAGCUUUUAGUCCAUAAAUUAGAUAAGAUAAGCCUAAGAGUCAUGAUUAAUUUUUCAGUUUAAUGGCUUUGGCCCCAUAUUUCUGCAACUUCCAUAUUUCUUCUUAAUAUCCCCCUUUUUUAGUAGAUUUAAAUUAUGUUUUAAGCCCUGAGUUACUGAAAGAGAGGUAAUGAAGCAUCUUUGGUCUUUUAAAAUUGGUGACUGCUAUUAUAGCAAUGGAAUAUGAACAUUGAUUGGUUGGUUUUAUUAAAAACAGUUGCUUUAUUCCGAAUGCUUUAAAUUGUUAUUUGUUGUGCAUUGUGUAAACUGGAAUACAUUUAAUGUCUUUUUCCUUUAAAUGUAUUAUACUGUGUAAAAUAGGAAUUCUGUCCCAAGUGGCACGGGGAAUUUUGUUCAGAGAGACAAAUAAAACAUUUGAUAAAC